CUUUAUCCCCACCCUCUUUUUCUACUUUUUCUUGCAACACUGCACGCCUUCACUUUCUCUUGCCAGCUCAUAUAAGCUAAAGACCAAACAAGUAACGACCCCAUGGUACAGAUGUGGUGGGAUUUUCUCAGAUGAAAUAAUUCACCUUUAUUAAAAGUGAUGAUGUCAAGCACUUAUGACAACACUCCAAUAAUCUUGAUUCUCUUCUUCGUCCUGGUCCUCCUCGUUAUCCUCCUGUUUUACCUCUACAAGCGACUUAACUAUGAAACAAAGAAUAAAUAUACCAUCCAGAAGCUUGUCCUGGGUGAAGGUGGCCUUCGUGAUCGUGUGAGGCACGGCGUUGCUGUGGUGGAGGCCAGGGUAGGUGACCGUCUGCGAUCUAAAAACCAGGAUGAGGAGCAAGCUUUAAGCAGAGCUGAAGAUGAGAAAAGUGACAAAGAAGACGAAGGAGAAGAAGAAGACGCAGGACAGGGCAAGUGUGAAAAUGAGAACAAGACAGAAGAGAAGGAAGAGGAACACGAUUCAUCAGAUGAUUACUCGAGCAUUGACCUUAAAGAGAGGGUAAAGCAGAAUACUGUCAAGGAAGAGGAAAAAAAGGAGGAAGAACAAAACCAAGAAGAGGUGGGAAAAGAUGAAGCAAAAGGGGAUGACAGUAAACAAGCCGAAGAGGUGAAGAAGUUAGAAAGAGUGAGCUUGCUUGUAGACUUGAAACCAUUUUCUGGCAGUGCCAUUUGGUCCGAGGAGAAAAAGGAAGAGUCCAAUGUGACAGCUUUGUGAAAUACAGCAGGGUUUAGCCCAAAUAUAAAGCUUAUCAACAAAGUUAAACUUAAUGAUGUUUAUUUUGCAGUUAUUGAGUGAUUUAGCUACAUUAUUAUUGUUAUUAAUAAUGUAAUAGCUACAUUAUUAUUAUUGUUGUUCUUAAAACAAACAAACAAACAAACUGAUGUGUCUAUAAUUUUCAAAUGACGGUUUAUCUGACCUUACAA